CGAAGGCACGCUUGCGCCAUGCAGGUGUGCUUUGCAGGUCGUUGCUGCCAGCGCAUACAACGUGAAGAACCGUAGCUAUAGCAAGGCACGACGCCUGGUGAGAGCCAUGCUAACCGAAAUUGUGCUCGUGGUGUCGGCACUGCCACUGCUGGGCGUGGCCAUCGACCAGUCCGAGUUGGAGGUCACCAGAUUGCCGGGACUCCGUGAACGCAUAAACUUCAGGCACUACUCGGGUUUUCUGAACGCCGCCGAAGGUCGACAGCUUCACUAUUGGUUCAUGGAAAGCCAGCGGUCUCCGUCUGACGACCCCGUCUUGCUGUGGAUGAAUGGAGGACCAGGAUGUAGCUCGCUCAUUGGUGCUACCAUGGAGCUGGGCCCGUUCCGCAUUGACCCUCUGGGCGUGAAGCUAACCAUAAACCCAUUCAGCUGGAACAAGGUUGCAAACGUGAUAUUCCUCGAGGCACCGGCUGGUACCGGUUACUCGUACGACCCCACCGGGAGCAUCAGUACUGACGACAACAAGGCCACCGAAGACAACUACCAGGCCAUACAGGAUUUCUUCUCCAAGUUCCCGCAGUUCAGAAAAAAUGAGUUUUACGUGACGGGUGAAAGCUUCGCCGGCGUCUUCGUUCCUCUCCUGACACAACGCCUUCUCCUCUCGAAUCCACUUGGAAUAAACCUGAAGGGUUACGCCAUCGGAAACGGAUUGUUGGAUUUCGAGCUCUACGGCAAGGCGAUCCUCUUUUUCGCCUACUACCACGGCCUCUUGGGAGACGACCUCUGGAACGAGGUGACGUCAAAUUGCUGCAAUGGCACCGUCUCGAAGGAGACAUGCGACUUCGGCUCGAAUACCGAUGAUCCUGCCUGCGCUGAUCCG